AUGACCAAUGCAUGCCUUGUUCUCUUGCCUAAGGUUGAAUUCGCUAACAGUCUCACAAAAUUCAGGACAAUCAGUCUCAGCAACUUCAUCAACAAGAUUAUCUCCAAUGUUAUUUGUUCAUGGCUUGGUCCCAUCCUCCCAAAGAUAAUCUUUGCAAACCAAUCUGGCUUUGUAAAAGGCGGGAAGAUAUUUGAAAACAUCAUGCUGGGACAAGAAAUAGUGCAUGGUAUCAAGAAGCCAACUGUGGGGUCAAAUGUGGUCAUCAAGCUUGACAUGGCCAAGGCCUAUGACAGAGUAUCCCGGAUUUUCACCUGCAUCAUGCUUAGGAGAAUGGGAUUCAGUGAAAUGAUUAUUGACAUGAUCUGGUGA